AUGGCGAAGACAUUAUUUAACAUAACAGGACGUGUUGCUCUUAUUACUGGCUCUGCCCGCGGUCUUGGUUUUGCAAUGGCUCGAGCACUUGGUGAAUUUGGUGCACGACUUGCACUGUUUGACAUGGAUAAUACUGGUUUACAAUCAGCAGCAAAAACGUUGUCUACUGAUGGAUUUGAAGUAUUAACCUUGCAGGGUGAUGUUACUAAUAUAAAUGAUGUUACAAAAUGUGUCAAGAAUAUUAUUAAUAAAUACAAUUCAUUAGAUAUUGUUGUCAAUAACGCUGGUAUUGUAUAUACUACUCCGGCAGAAGAUAUGUCAUUAAAAGAAUGGCAACAUUUAAUCGAUGUUAAUUUAACUGGUGUAUUUCUUGUUUCACAAGCAGCUGGUCGACAAAUGAUUAAACAAAAAAGUGGUAAUAUUAUUAAUAUUGCAUCAAUGUCUGGGAUUAUUGCCAACUUUCCACACCCACAAUGUUCUUACAAUGCAUCAAAAGCUGGCGUUAUAUCACUAACAAAAUCACUUGCUUCUGAAUGGGCACAUCAUAAUAUUCGUGUUAAUUCUAUAUCACCUGGUUAUAUGAAUACAGAAUUGGCAGCAACAGUUGCAAAAAAAACUAGGUUACACUCAACAAUGGCAUAG